AACCGCAGAACCCUUUCCAAUCGACAACAACGCUCAUCAAUCAGACUUUAUGAGAGCCGACAUUGAUUACUUUGUGACAAAUUACGCUACAGAACUUUAUGUUGUUUAGCCCGAACACAAAGACGUCGACCAGCCAGUCGGUCCAUGGCCACAUUUGUCUACUACCAGCACUGCAGAGUCACUCAAAGCGUCUUUGUGGCCUUCCCCGCUCACCCCUCCUCCCCACACUUCCUCAGGGACCUCAUCGCCACGGUAACGCUCCGUAGCCCGAGCGGCGGUCGGCCUCCGCUAACGAAAGAGAUGAAAGACAAGAACCCCUGGGCCAUGUCGCUGACCGUCGUCAUCGCCGUCGUUGGCGUCAUCGCCGUGGUCGCCCUGGUGACUGUAACGGUGGUCCAGAACGUGCCCCUCCUCCAGAAGUACAAGUACGGCAUCGUGCUGGACGCCGGCUCCUCCCACACGACCGUGUUUAUCUACCAGUGGCCCGCAGAGAAGGACAACAACACGGGACGAGCGGAGCAGAAGCACGCCUGCAACGUCAAAGGUCCAGGUAUUUCCAGCUAUUCCGGGACUCCCUGGAAGGCCGGCGAGUCCCUGCGAGCGUGCAUGCAGGAAGUGGAGGAGAACAUUCCCGGGAAAAGACACGCGGAGACGCCACUUUACCUCGGAGCCACCGCCGGGAUGAGAUUACUGGAGAAGGCCAACAGCUCGGCAUCCGAGGAGGUCUUCAAGGCCGUCUCCGAGACCCUCCAGAAGUUCCCCUUCUCCUACCAGGGCGCCAGGAUCCUCAGCGGCCAGGAGGAGGGCGCCUUCGGUUGGGUCACGGUCAACUACUUGGACGACCGCCUCAAGCAGGGCCUGGAGACCACGGGGGCUCUGGACCUCGGCGGGGCGUCCACCCAGAUUAGCUUUGUGUCCAAAAUGUUUGACGACUCUGAGUCACCCGGCAAUUCGGUGACCUUCCGCCUGUACGGGAACGACUACAACCUUUACACUCACAGCUUCCUGUGCUACGGGAAGGACCAAGCCCUGAAGAUGGCGCUGGCACACCAGACGCAGGCGGGUCCUCAGGCGCUAUUGGACCCGUGUAUGCACCCGGGCUACAACAAAACCGAGGACUACUCGAGCCUUUACGACAGCCCCUGCGUGUCGGACAGGAAGCCCCAGGGAGCGCCGGCCAGGUUCCAGCACAGCGGCUCAGGAAACUUCCAACAAUGCCAGGACGUGGUGCGAAACCUCCUCGACUCCAGCCAGUGCAAACACAGCCAGUGCUCCUUUAACGGCGUCUACCAGCCCACCCUGGAGGGCAUGUUCGGGGCCUUCUCCGCCUACUACUACGCCAUGAGCUUCCUCAACCUCACCGACACGUCGGUGCCUCUGCAGGCGGUCAAGGAGAGGAUUGGCAGCUUCUGUGCCACACCCUGGGAGCAGGUGCAGCAGCAGAAUCCCAAAAUCAAGUUGAAAUAUUUAUUCGGUUAUUGUUUCACGGGCACUUACCUCAUCACGCUGCUCACGGAGGGAUACAACUUCACCUCCGAGACGUACUCCAGCAUCAAAUACGUGCACAAGAUCAAAGGGAGCGAAGCCGGCUGGACUUUGGGUUACAUGUUGAACCUCACCAACAUGAUCCCCGCUGAGGCGCCGGACACGCCCCCGCUGCCCUACGCCGGCUACGUCUCCAUCGUCACCGUCAUCGCCGUGCUGCUCUUCGUCCUCCUCCUCCUCGCCGUCUACUCCUGCAGGCCUCGCUGCUCCAAACCGCCGCCGCCGCCACAGGUCAUAUAAACACUGUGGAGGACAGAAAGAUGUUUGUGAGUACCUGCACCAGUCCACUGUGGUAUGAAUGUAAUAAUGUAUUAAUAAAAUAACAUCUAUAU